CCACCACCUUCCAAUAAUGUACACAUUUAAACACCGCGACCUACGACAACCGAGUUCAAAUCAUUAUCGACGUUAUCUCUUAGACCAUCAUGACCACGAUCAAAACCCAGCUGGUCGUCUUCGACUUCGACUGGUCAAUGGCGGAUCAAGACACUGAUCGCUGGGUAUUCGAAGUCUUGGCGCCUGAUAUCCGCAGAAAGAUGAAAACUCUCAAAGAGAGCGUUCAAUGGACUGAUCUCAUAGCGCAGUCGUUGCAGGAAAUCCAUGCACGCGGCAGGACGCGUGAGGAGAUCGAACAUACCCUCCGUCAAAUGCCCUUCCAUCCUGCGAUGGUACGAGGUAUUACCAACCUCAAGGGAGCGUCCAACCUCACCACUACAUUGUUUUGCCUCUCGAACGCGAACACUGUUUUCAUCAACACUAUUCUCGAGUCAAAAGGGCUGCAAAAUUUGUUUGAAGAGAUCGUAACUAACCCAGCAGAGUUUGAUCCUUCGGGUCUGCUCAAGCUCCGUCGUAGGGUCGACCCCGAUGGGCUUCAGCACAGCUGUACAGUAGGAUGCAGCCCAAACAUGUGUAAAGGCGAAGAGCUUGCUGCGUUUUUGGAGCGCCACAAGCCUGGCUAUGACCGUAUCGUCUAUGUUGGAGAUGGGUCUAAUGACUAUUGUCCUAUCCUCAGACUACGAAGCCAGGAUAUGGUGCUCUGUCGGCGGUUCCGUGGCCUCGAAGGCCGUAUUUCUCGAGAGGGCGGUCAUCAGUGUCAGGUCAAGUAUUGGGCGGGCGCUUGGGAAGUCGAAGAGAUCUUUAAUCAAUUUAUAGAGAACAACUGACGGUAGCGAUGCUGCUGGCUGGCGUCGAUGUUAUUAUAUCAAAGCGAUCUAGGCGAGAAUGUUGCCAGUACUUUAUGAGGUGCCCUGAUUUAAUAUGGUGGAAGGAUACAUCUCUCGCACAUGGCUUUCAGACCUUUUCUUCCUGCAAUCAAGGCUCGCCUCACAAAUCCAAUGACCAACAAUGAUACAUUUCAUCCUGGGCCCAUCACAGCUGCCACUGAGUUCUCGCAAUAGCACUAGUAUUGACGCCAACAA